UUACACUUUCUGGAAAUGGAGAAAACGGAAAGGCCGUUGUUUACCUUGUGGCUUUCCAUCUGUUCUUUGUUAUGUUUGUAUGGUCCUAUUGGAUGACAAUUUUCACAUCUCCCGCUUCCCCCUCCAAAGAGUUCUGUUUGUCCAAUUCUGUAAAGGAACGUUAUGAAAAGGAAUUCAGCCAAGAAAGACAACAAGAAAUUUUGAGAAGAGCAGCAAGAGACUUACCUAUCUACACCACGUCGGCUUCAAAGACCGUCAGAUAUUGUGAAAGGUGUCAGCUGAUUAAGCCUGACCGUGCGCAUCACUGCUCAGCAUGUGACGUGUGUAUUCUUAAGAUGGACCAUCACUGUCCUUGGGUGAAUAACUGUGUGGGAUUUUCUAAUUACAAAUUCUUCCUGCUGUUUUUAUUCUACUCUCUGUUAUAUUGCCUUUUCGUGGCUACAACAGUUUUACAGUACUUUAUAAAAUUUUGGACGAAUGAACUCACAGAUACACGUGCAAAAUUCCACGUACUUUUUCUUUUCUUUGUGUCUACGAUGUUCUUCAUCAGCGUAUUGUCACUUCUCAGCUACCAUUGCUGGCUAGUUGGAAAAAACAGAACAACCAUAGAAUCAUUCCGUGCACCCACGUUUUCAUAUGGAGCUGAUGGAAAUGGUUUCUCACUUGGAUGCAAUAAAAACUGGAGACAAGUCUUUGGCGAUGAAAAGAAAUAUUGGCUGCUUCCAAUAUUUUCAAGCCAGGGUGACGGCUGCAGUUUUCCGACUCGCCUUGUGGGGACGGAUCCAGAGCAAGCUUCUGUCUCAAACCAAAGUGAAAGUGCCAGAAGUAUUGGCUCAAAUCAGCCCUUUCCUAUCAAACCGCUUAGUGAAUCAAAAAACCGCCUGUUGGACAGUGACUCUCAGUGGCUGGAGAGUGGAUCUGAAGAAGGUGUUGGCGGAUCAGGGACAAAUAACCAUGUAACAGUGGCAAUAGAAAAUUGAGUACCACUUGUUCAUAACUAACCAAUUGAAUAAGAGCAAGGUUUACAAAAACAUAUUGUGGGCUGAUAUUUUAUUUGCAAGAAAAUGAUCAAUGGGAUGAAAUAAUUGGAGUAUAAACGAAGAUAUAUUUUUUAAAAAAGGAAACCUUUGUACGGAUUUCUGGAUCCACAGAAGCACUGCUCCAGAGCGGGAAGAUGCCUUAAUCUUAAAUGAGCCCAUUUGUUCAGCACUGACUCACAGCUACAAAAGAGACUUCAUUUUCCUUUGGAAGUAACAUUUUCUCAUAAUAACAUGAGAUGCCAUAAUAUGAGCUAUCAGGUCACAUGUUAACAUGACAUACGCAUUGUUUUGAUACCUGGGUUACAUCAUUAAGAGUUGUUUCUUAGUAUCCAUAUAAAUUUUCACUCUAGAAACACAAGCUAAAAACUUAAGUGAAGUACAUCUAGGUCAGUAUGGUGGCUGAAAGUGAAUAAUAAUAUGCAAAUUACUGCUGCUUGUACUGUGUAAGAAAGAAAAUAACUGCUUUUUAAAAAAAAAAUUUGGUGUUUGCUAAUUUAUAGUUACUGUUUUAUACUUUUCAACAUUUUUAACAGAUUUUUUUAUUGUUGGCUAUAAAAUAACACUCAGAAGGAUUUAGAUACCUAAAUAUAAUCAUUUGGAGCACAUUUGUAUAAUUCAUUGAAGGCUUAGUUCUAAGCAUUAAUUAAACCAAUUGUAGUUUUGUGCCCAAGGCUUAUUUGGCAGUGUAAGAAAUUUUUUGUGUCUGCUUUUAAUGCACUUUUUUGUUGAACUUUGAUGGGUAUUUAUACGGGUGGGGAAACAAAGGUUACAUGUGCUAUAGAAAUGUGGACAUGCUAUAGAAAAGCUAUAGAAAAGCUGGACAUGUGCUAUAGAAAUACUCAAUACAGGAUUGAGUUGAAGAGA